CGCUGUUGGGCGAUGACGAUAGUGUUAUUCGUGGCCGCCGCCCGAUAGUUCCCAAUUCGGCCAUCAUACAACACUUACCUUACUCAAUCAAUCCGAAGGCCCUUAACAAGCAGGCUGAAGAUGGUGGUAAUCCUCCUCAUUUUAACAAGUUUCCUUUCGAUGAGCUGUGAGUAUAUCUGCAUCGUUAGAAAUUAUUAUGUGACAAUGUUUUAUCGCUUUCUGGCACAAAGUCCUUCCCAAAGGUAUGCAAAGUGUGCAAAUAAAUCAAGUGAGAACAUUAGUUCUUUCAAUAAUUCCAAUGAUUCCAGGGUCUAUGAACGCAUUUGUUUGUUCUGUUUUGUUUUCUUGCGCUUUUUUUGUUUUUUUUUUCUUUUUGCUUCAAUUCGCCGGUGUUGUUUAUGGCUAGCCCACAGCCCGGGACUCUCUUAAGCUAGAAAAUUUCUCAAAGCGAUUGAUUUUUCUCGUUCUUUCAAAAGAACUACUUUUUUUGAUAGUGAUUCAUUUCAAGUAAGCUUGGAUAUUUUACAUCAUUCAACUCGCUAGUUUUGGUUUCAACCGUCGCAAGAGAGCAGAAUAUUGUGCCGCAAAUGAGAUAAAGUCUAUUUGAACAUUUACCCAUAAAGCCUUUAUGUCUCAUCGAUCUUGGUUGAUACUGUGAAGCAGAUAACGUUUUAGCAAUCGAAUGCAUCGAAUUGAUUUUCUCUCAGCUCGUGGUUUCCUUUCUUUUCUUAUGUUUGUUUGUUUCGUUUGGUUUUAUUUUUUCGUUUUAUAUGCCUCUGUUUUAAACAACGUUUUUGACAUCAUAAGUUUGUGACAUACUUGAAUCAAUGUUUUAGGUUGGAAUGAGAUAUCUGGCUUACAAAUGAUCACUCAGCCGAAUAAAAAAAUCGUUUCCUUCAUUGGAUCUAAUCAAACAUUUGUCUGGAAUUUCGUUCUCACUGAGGAAGAGAAAGCAAAGGACUUGAAAGUUACCUUUGGUCACUGGAGCAAAGAAUACAGCAUGGUUUUAGGCGACCACUUGGUAACAUUUGUUCAAUAUUCGACAGCGAACGAAAGAGUGUAUAAAGGAAAUGCCUCAAUUGCAAGGCGUUUAAAUUGGGUGGGAGACAUGGCACGUGGCUUCGUGGCUUUCCAACUGAGUAAUGUUCAAGCAAACGAUUCUUCAGAUUAUGGGAUCAGGUUCCGCGUUGAUGGUUUUCCUCCAGAGACGGAAGAAAGUGGAUUUACACUCUCUACGCAGGUUUGAAAUCAUUUGUUUUUUUAAACAUAUAUUUUCAUUUCUAAAAGGAUACUCCACGGUUCGUCAUUCAUGAAAUAGUCAAAUGCGUGUUAAAUAGGCUCGACUAGAAAAACUUUUUCAGCUGAAAAAACAUGAGCCAUAAAAAAUGACCUCCGUCCGAUCUCCUUGGAGCCCCAGAUGUUUUUCGUGCUAUGACGUAUGUGUCUUUGCCACCUUGCCUCUCGAUGAUGCUACCUAAAUAGACAAAAUUUUCCACCUCCUCGAGUGGUUUCCGUCCAGAGUUAUUGGUUCUGGGAUGCUGUAGUUGAUUUUGAGGAUCUUGGACUUUUCUUCUAGUAUCUUAAAGCCAAUAUUGGUUGACGUGGCCCUUAUUACUGUCGUCCGUUUUGAAUCUGCUGCUGGCUGUGAGAAAGCAGCGCUUGGUCAUGUAAAAUUUCCAAGUCAUCCAAUCGUGUCCUCAUUUUCCUCUGGAUUCCAUUUCUUUUCUGGGCCGUUGUGUUUUUCAAUUCAGUCAAUGGCAAGCAAAUACAGGUACGGGAGAGAAAGCUAUUCCCUAUAGUUGGAGCAGUUGCUGAGGUCUCUUUUAUAGUGUCUGCUGAAAUCCAUUCAUUGUGCUGGUGUUUCCUCUAUUCUACCACUUCCUCACAUGUUGUUAGAAAAGAUUAGUUUUGCUUUUUUUCCAAUAGAUCUCAAAUUCUUCUUUCUCCAUCAGCUCUUGUAGUACUUUGAAUUUUUUAGUAAGCUCCGGUGAAAACUUGUCACUCGUUUACAAGUUCUUAAGCUGGUCAACUUCAAAUUUCUUCCAUCUGUUGGUCUCCUCCAUCCAGCCUUUAUUCAGUUUCAGUUUCAGUGUUGCAGUCAGAAGGUGGCGGUCUGUUGCUGCAUCUGGUCCUCUCUUCACUCGGACGUACUAGAGAGACCUCCAAAACUUUCCAGCGAUACAGAUGUGGUCAAUUUGAUUCUCUUUCCUGCCAUCUGGUGAAAUCCAGAUAGCAGUUUGUGGAUCCUCUUGUGUGGAAAGAUGCUAUCGCCAUUUCUGAUCAUGAGAUUCAAAAGAGGACGAUGUAUUAAGCAAAUUAGAUCAAUUUUAAUAUUUUAUGUAAUGCUAAGGCAACUUUUUUUUAGGUUUUGUUCUAUCCGAACCUUUGUAAUUUGCAUAGUGAACAGUUACGUGCGAAGCUUAAGAGCGUUUUUAGAAGCAAAAGACAACCAUGUGUAACUCUUGUAAGUAAACCUAAGAACGAAGUGUUUUGCCUUCACAGGAUCCACCUCCAUCACCAACCACGCCACCAGGUGGGAAUUUUCUUGGUCUUUUAUUCCUAAUUAACAUGACUACUUCAAAAAUAUCCAUUCGAAGUUAAAUCGGGAUGCUGAUGUGCUUAUGAAAAAUGUUUAUAAAUCUUAGAAAGAAAAGACCAAUAAACAGACUGGCCUCAAUAUAACUCAACUCCAUAUACCAAAUGUUGUUUAGCAAGGCUUUGUUUUCUGCACAGUGUUCACGGCUGCAAACAUUGGUGAUCCAGUAAGUCGGUUAACAUGCAGAUUAAGGUAGCGAUCUUUUUUGUAAGAAGUUAAUCUGCCAACAGUGUAAAAUUGGUUCUUAGCGACAGAAAUGGUGCACCCGAGCCUGAGAUCAUAACUCUUUUUUAUCACUCAGAACCUGAAAAUAUAACCGUCAAGAUUGAGGAGGGUAAAACACUCAACAUCACCUGCCGUUUCAUAAAGGAGCCGGAAAGUUCAUCUGUCAUAUGGCUGAAAGAUAAUCGGCCCAUCAAGAAAGCCUCAGGGAGCAGAUUCCUCUUCAUUCAAAGCAUAAAAAGAUCGCAAUCAGGAGACUAUAAGUGCGUCUCACUGUCCCCUCACAGAAAUUACAGCUCACCUUUCACCGCUGUCGAUGUUGUAUGUAAGUAUUUAAAAAAUGUGCGUAACUUUUAGAGAGAAUUGCGCUAUCGAUCGUAAUUACAAAUUUUUCUUUAUGCACUUUUCAAACAAUCAGAUUUAUGCAAAACUGACUAGGUCAUGGAAGAAACACUUAUACCUGAGAGUCUUGGCCUUGUGUAAAGUUAUUUCCCAACCAUUUUCUUUCUUCCAGAUGCACCGAAAAUACUCAAAACUAAUAAACAAGUGUCCAUAAAGUUAACGAGGGGAGACUCAAUCACGCUCAAGUGUACUGCUGAUGCAAAUCCUCAGCCAGCGUUUACUUGGCACACGCAGGGUGCAGAGAUCAAACAAGGCUCAUACACCUCCAACUCAAGUUCCUUAGUAGUCACUCCCAUAAAUGACGGGGACUUUACAAGUUACGUCUGUAUAGCAAACAAUGAGAUAGGAUUUGACUCGGUGACGUUUAUGGUGAACGAAAAGGGUAAGUAAAUGGCAGUCUGUAAGGAAACUCUAUCUUGGGCUGAAGCAAUUAUUAGGCGAUGGAAUCCAGGGCAGCUUAUAGAUCUACUGCAUAUAGACUAAUUAAGUUCAGUUACACUCAUCCACAAUCAUGAGCAACAUUGGUUGCAUGUGCAUGUUAACAUUGACUCCAGUUAAUGGUGGUUAUUGUUUUACUAAUUCAAAGCAUUAUGAAUUCCCUCGAUAGUACAACACGAAAAUCCCGAAACGGGUGCCUCGAAAAAUAAUAACGCAGGUCAGUUAAUUAGAAAAGACUUCAUCCUUUUUAUCAAGAAUACUUUUUAGGGUUCAGAGUUCUUAAGAUAAACUUUUACUUUAGCCUAUGAUAAGUUCUACAGUCGGGCGUUUUAUUGAAGUCAAACUAAUAAAAGUUAACAUUGAAUACUUGGACCGCGCGAACAGCGCCCGCCUUUAUGUGAAUAUUUUCGCAAACAUUUUCCAUGACAAGUUUCGUUUUAUUCCAGACCAAAGUCAGAGUAAGCCUCGUCAGGAAAUUAUUAAAACUUAUUUCCUAAGACUGUCUAGGAAUGUUUAGGCGUGAAAAGAAAGCAUCAGCGAUUAAGAGAAGCAGAAACAGGGGAAGACAACAGGGCACUAUUUUUUUCAUUCGAUACAUUUCAGAUUAUAGCCAUACUUGAACAUUACAUAACUCCGGUUAAAAUAUUUAUAUUAUCAGUGUAAAAAAACACUUUGUGCUUUUCCUCCAUGGGCCUUAAUACAGAUUAGAUUAUCCUGUAAAGUAAGAGCGUAAGAGAACAUUUCUCUCUCAAACAGGGGACAAAGAGACACUUACCAAAUACCUGUCUAUAACAGCGGCCUUAGCCGUGAUUACCAUUUUCGCGUUUCUCAUCCAACGACAUGUGGCUAAAAGAACCAGAGGAAACAACAAUCAACGAGGAUGUGAGUAAAUAUCAGAUUCACAGCUGGCUAAAUGAAUGUAGUUUGACAUCACUGAUACAUGCUGUUUUAUGUAGAUACUGUUAGUUAGUAAUGCUGUAAGUAACGUAAAUUAAUUUUAUUAUUUCAGGUGAAGAAGCCGAUGAGAACCACAUGUAUGUAUUUAUUAACUCUAUACUGAAUUAUACAUUCUAAACUGUUUUUGCCUUUAAAAUUUGAUCAAAAAGUGACCUUGUUAACCACCAGAGAGUCCUCGCAAGCUAAUGAACUUGUUCGACAUGGAGCUUACAACUUAUCGUUCUCCGGUGAUCCUGAAUGGGAAAUACCGCGAGCAAGGUUGAAUGUAGAGAAAAUUAUUGGGCGUGGUGCAUUUGGCGUGGUGUCAAGAGGCUUGGCGCUGGAUUUACCAGGAAAACCAGGAUGGACUGUUGUAGCGGUGAAGAGUGUCCAAGGUUUAUUUUAAUCUUCCUUUUUAUGUAAAAAAAAAAAAAAACUUUUUAAUCUUAGAUGCUUAAAUUGUUUGUAGGUAACAAAGAACUUUAAACCAAGAACUCUGAGAAGUUGAGAAUUAUAUGUUUUGUUUAGAAUCAUAUAGCCUUGAUCUAAAUAGUAUCGAUAUCAUAAACAUGAGAUAAUAUGGGUCAACGUGAGUAAGUGAAAAUUACGUUAUGCUGACCAUCAGAUAUGAUCUAAGUGGAGCUGUAAAGAAGUCAGAUGUUCUUAGUAUUAAUUUGAUGUUAGACAGAUUAGAGUGACGUUUUGUUCUGUCGGUGUUUAUAAAGAUGAUGCUUCAGAAAAAGAGAAGUUAGACCUGUUGUCAGAGAUGUCAGUCCUUAAGCACCUUGAUCCUCAUCCUCACGUCAUUCGCCUGUACGGCUGUGUUACUACUGAAGGUGAGCUUAAGGCAGACACAUCAUUGCUGUCAAACGUACCUUUGUGUUACGAACCCGUCUGCUGUCAGUGUCACUUUCGAAUGUGACUUCUGUUUGUACAAGUCGUAUUGUUAAAAAUGCCUCCAUCUAUAUCGCUGUUAACGUCACUUUUAAAGAUAAGAUAGGUAUUGAUUAAGAGAUGCAUUGGUUGGGUGUUACGUCAUCCUUACAUACGUCAGUUAACUAUGUAUGCCGAAGCGAGGUAAUGGCUUACUUUCAAAUAUCUUGAACUAUGGUGUGUUAGUUCUUUGUGCAACAGUUAUUGAAACCUUGUAGAAAUCCGGUAGAUCAUCAACAUGAUCAGUUUACCUUACUUUGUAACGAACACAACAAGAUUAAGUUGAUAACCAGAAUAUAUCAAUUGAAGAUUCCUCAGCUAAAGUAAAAUUUAUCUUAUAUUAGCACGGCCGCUCGUAGUGGUCGAGUAUGCGCAGUAUGGUGACUUGCUUGGGUACCUGAGGAAGAGCAGAGGAGUCCGAGAUAACUACUACAGUGAUCCUUCGGUAGAGCCCCGCACCAGCCUCACUUCCAAGCAGCUACUUAGGUUCGCAUGGCAGAUCAGUGAUGGAAUGGACUACUUGUCUAAGAGAAAGGUAAUAAAUUCACAGUUGAUUUUUUAUGGGACAGCUGGAGAGUAUUCCGAAAAUAAAGUCAUAAAGUUACUUUGUAACGAACGAUCACUGUAGAAAUGUAUAAUUUUGUUUUUUGUCGUUAGAUCAUUCAUCGCGACUUGGCCGCGAGAAAUGUUUUGGUUGGUGACGAAGACGUUUGCAAAAUCACGGAUUUUGGAAUGGCCAGAGAUGUCUGGGAAGAAGACAUAUAUGUGCGAACCCACGAGGUACUUCUUUAUGACAUAUUUUACUCUACCAGUAUCCAAGCAGUUGGAUUAAAGAGUGCACUUUUCAAGCUAGUUUUUUUUUCCUGAUCUUUGACUACAGGGCCGUCUUCCGAUUAAGUGGACGGCAGCUGAGGCUCUGUUUGGAGAUGGUGCAUAUACUACUCAGAGUGAUGUGUGAGUUUGUUUUGUCUUUUCUACACUCUAUUCAUAAACAGUCGAGCAAAUAUCACCAGGACAUAUUGAUAAUUUUUCCGAAAUAAACUCAGCGACAAUAUUUUGAGUUUGAACAUAGGGAGAUGCCCAGGGUCUAGGGAAUCUAAGUUACGAGGAAAUACGAUAAAAUGAUCAACCCAUUAUGUUUUUGUGUAAAUUUCGUUUGAACGAAUUAUUUUUCGUGAAAUAGUUUUGGCAAAUUUUUUUGAGGCCAAUUUCAAUUAUUAAGUUAAAUUUUCUCUUAGUUCCCAUCAAAACCGCGUUUUCGUUAUUUGAUUUUCAUGUAUCGAAAUUUACAAAAGAACGAAGUCACCAGCAAAAUAUAUUUUAAUUAGCUUCGUUCACGGUAUGAACAUCCAAGUAUUCAAAUGAGGCAAGAAUACUGAAUAAUUCCGAGUUUUUGUCAUUACUCAAACUCAGGUGGAGCUUUGGUGUGGUGAUGUACGAGAUCUUCACUGUAGGUAUGUUGAAAUGAAAAAUAUAGAACUUAAUUUUAAAAGGUAAGCUCAAGCCACUGUUCCUUUGGCUGAAUGUAGAGAUACUGGCAGCUUAAUGGUUAACUAGCAUUUUCGCUACAUACUUUCGGUUUCAUUAUAAGCCAAGUUAUAAGCAACCAGCCCACAAAAAAAAGACAAGAGAAGAAAGAGAGAACAGAAACAUAUUAGAAGAAAAACAGGUCGUAAAGUCUCAGAGAUUCUCUCAAACAAACUUUUUUUUUGACAUCAUGUAUCCAUAUACAGCUCCUGUCCACAGCUUGCGACAUUUGAUUACUUUUGCCUAUGUACAGACGAAUUACACUUCUUCAGGUUCACAAAUAUGUCUUAAGUAAUUUCUGGCUAAUAAAGAUAACGCAAUUCUUACUUUCCCUUUGAUAAUUUCUCACAGGUGGGGACCCGUUCCCUGGGGUGUAUAUGAGAGAUAUCCCCGCGCUGUUGAGGAAUGGGUUCAGGAUGUCACGCCCAAAAUUUGUCAGUGCAACGCUGUGAGUAGCUGUCAUUGUAAAACAGGUGGUCAGAGUAGCUCAAACAGCAACGCCAGUGAUGCUCAACUUUUCUGUCCCCCCCCUCCCCCUCCAUUGCAUUUCAGUUGAGAGCUGAGGCCGAGAUUAUUAUUUUAGUUACAAACACCGAGCGGGACGCGACCGUUACAUUUGUUUUGGCAUUCCAAAGCUGUCAUAACGGACAAAAAAGUUACAACGAACACCAGCUAAAAGGAAAAUACCAUUCUUUGCUUCUUAAACGCUUGUAUUCAAAAUAUCUAAUGUUCAUUAUCUUUUAAGAGACUACAAUGAUUUUUGUCUAUGUUGGACAAAAUAAACAGACCUUUUACUGUUUCGCAUUGGUUUAAAAGUACGUAUCAAUGAAAGCAAUUUUGAGAAAGUUUAGCAAGUGGCACCAAUAGCCAAAAGAAAUCUCGAGCAAAUGAAAAUAAUUAUCUGCUACACAUCCGCACUUAUCGAUGAUAGUCAGGCUGUUCUGUGUUGUGAGCAGUAUGGGGGCUCUUCGCCUCAAGAGAAAUUAUAAUAAGAUGUAUGCCUUUGUGGUAAAAAUGUGUAUUGUUGACACAUUAAUAAAUAGAUAGACAAGAAAGAAAAGUAGCAAAUUUAAAUUGUGUCACCGACCAACGUUUUUUUCAAACAGUUACGAUAUCAUGAUGGAAUGCUGGAAGACCGAACCCUUACAAAGGCCAGACUUUGAGGGUUUACGGUCACUAUUACAUAGCAUGAUCCAGGACGAAGAACAGGUCAGAAAUGAAAUGUUUGUUUAAAGAGCUUAGGUUCGUCAAUGUGUGAGAUAUCUCUUUAGGUCUUUAUGUUUUAAGAUAAUUCAUUUUCAGUUUUGUCAAUGCCAUUACGAUUAUUAUCUGACAGCAUUAUGGCAUGCUAUCUAGUUAAAGUUUUGGUAAACGUGACUGUAUUUGUUUUAAAUUGUGUCUUUCUAUUUUCUUACACUUAGGAGUAUGUCAACUUGGAGGAGCUGUUUUAUGAAAAUGUGCUACCAACCAGUCUCUCAGGAGAGUGGUCAGUAUAGCAUUGAGCUAAAUCUAACGAGAACAAGACAGAUAUAGUUACCAGGCAAAUGUAUCAACUUAAACCGACAAAGGAAAGAUUGUAAGGGAAUAAAUAAAGAGAUUUACCCGAGUAACUUUCGCAAUCUCUCACCGAGUUUCAGAUGUAGUUAUAAGAAGUAUACUGGGUGCUACAGCAGCAUUUUUAUUCUCAAAUAUAUCUAUGUUCAUACUGAAAAGGAACGGUAUGAAGAAAAUGAAUAUGUUGUUAAAUCAAUAAAGACG